GAGAGCCUUUAUUAUUUUGGAGAACGACGAACAGAUAAAACCAGCAGCUCUAAAUUUCAGGGAGUAGAAACUCCUUCCCAGAAUAGGUAUGUUGGAUACUUUGCAGCUGUGAAAAAUAUCUACAAUAUGAAUCUUCCUCCAAGAAGGAUACUUAUGAUAAAAAAAAUUAUUGUUCAUUCAAUUCAUGGUGUUGGAAAUGGAAAUGGACGUGAUCUGAAAGUACAAAUAAUAAUGUGUAAAAGGAUUGUCUUUGUCUGUGCUGCUUCCAAGAACUGUAGGAUACAUCAUGAUGUGGAAACAGACAGAGUGAUAAUUACUCCAGUUAACUGUCCACCUCUGUAUGACGACGUGAAAGUGCAAUUUUUCUCUUCCUCCAAUAUUCCUAAGUACUAUGACAAAUGCCCGUUUUUCUUCUGGUUUAAUACAUCAUUCAUGAAAAACAGGCUUUAUCUUUCAAGAAGUGAACUGGAUAAUCCCCAUAAACAGAAGACAUGGAAAAUUUACGGUCCAAAGUUUGCAGUCGAGAUAUAUUUUAAAGCCAGAACUAACGUCUGACUGAGCACAGUGUCCUUUCCAGGAUAGAAUCACGUCUUUUCAAUCCCUACUGCACGUUGACAUCUUAAAAACCUGUCUCUUUGACAGUAUACUUUUAUUUACAUAUAUGUACGUGUGUUAAGAAAUCUAUUAAAAAUAUAAAAGGUAAAAUGUCA